UCCGCUUGUCAUUUCCGUACACAAAAGCUCCGCUGAUGACGUGUACACUCCUCAAUCGUUAGCUAAAAAGCUUAGCCACCUGUUAGAAUAGAGGUAUUGUAAUAAAUAAGUUAUCAAGGAGACGGCGGUAGAAACGUUGGCUUUGUAACGAUGGAGACGCUCUACCACCAGACAAACAAACAAAUCCAGGAGGUGCAGUCUCAGAUGGGAAACCUGGAGAGGACAGACCGUGACUCCGUUCACUUGUUAGAGAAUGAACUCCAGGCUAGAAUCGACCAGAUCUUCAAUCAUCUGGAACGCCUUGAGAUCCUCGCCAGCAAAGAACCACCUAAUCGCCGCCAGAAUGCCAAAUUACGAGUGGACCAGCUCAAGUACGACGUUCAACAUCUGCGGACGGCUCUACAAAACUUUCAGCACCGACGUUACGCCAGAGAGGCCCAGGAAAGAGAACGGGAGGAACUCCUGAGCCGCACCUUCACCACAAAUGAUGCAGAUACCUCCAUUCCUAUAGAUGAAACCCUACAGUUUAAUACCAACUUGCACAACGCACACAGAGGCAUGGACGACCUCCUGGGCAGUGGCUCGAGCAUCCUCAAUGGGCUCCGAGAUCAAAGAUCUACUCUCAAGGGAACACAUAAGAAGAUGCUGGAUGUGGCCAACAUGUUGGGUCUAUCGAACACGGUGAUGAGACUUAUAGAAAGGCGAGCCACCCAAGAUAAGUUCAUCAUGAUCGGAGGAAUGUUGCUGACCUGCAUCUUCAUGUUUCUGGUCGUCAGAUACCUGGGCUGACAUCCAACCACCUGUUUGCCAACAGUUAAAAAGUUCUGGACAUUUCAGCAUUUCGUCAUCCCACAUGAUAUGAAUUUUAACAUUUAAGUGACCUAUAACUGGUGCCAUUAUGUUUUCCUUUUCCACAUGGAUUAGCAUCAUUUUACCCUGGAUUGUUGCUAAAUGGGAAUGCUGAAGACUCGACGUACAGACAGUAUUUUACAGCACUUCAAAGUCCUGAUAGCCUGUUACUUCUAAUCAGUCUGCUGCUUCCUCCAGAUUUACUACCAAACAUCUACUCUUAUCAAAACCACUGUAAACUAUUCUUGUUAUUGUUUUCUUCCAAUGAAAAAAUCAUUUUUUUUUCUCCUUGGUUUGUCAUUUGUCUUUUCAUAACAAGAGUAUAAAUGUAAAAAUGCCCAUUAUUUAAUUUGUCUGACUAAACUAACAUUUUCU